AUGGCGAAGAGCAGCCACGGAACAUCACUCGAGAGCGGUACCAUGUGAAAGAAAGCGUCUGCCGCAAGCCAUUUGCUGCCGUGCGUUUGUGUGGAAGGCUUGCGUGUGUCACCCACGAGGAAUUGCCAUCUGAUUCUCUCUCCUUUUGCAGUUUUGCAAACAUCUUUCUCUGUAGCGUUUAUUCAGGAAAUCGCAAUGAGCAGCAGUUUUCUUUUCUUCCAUAACCCGCGGCGUCGCCGUGUUGCACGCCGCGAUGACGACCGACUUUCGCUAUUAUUCCGGAACCGAUGCGCAGAUGAAAAGUAUCGGAAUCAUCAAUAGUGGAAAGUAUGAAAAGAAAUCGACGUCCGUCGAUAAGAAUUUGAUACAACACUUGCGCAGUGUCGUGAACACUGUGGUCGAGGAAAAAAAUAAAAAUUUAUUGGGUUUGGAGCUGCAGAACUGCGGUAAAAAGGUCGAAGCCGGAGGAACUUCGAUCUAUGUCUAUCACAAAAAGGUCCGCGUCGAUCCGAUUACGGGCGCAGUCCUCGAGGUAAAUAACUUGCAUACGCCUACUUCAGCCCUCUACAAAGUGGUCGCACUAAAAUACUUAAAUUUCUCUCAUGCUGCAGCAGCGGCCAUGGAAUUUUACAUCACAAGAUCCAUGCAUACAACAAAACUUCACUCAAACAGCUCGUGACCUGUGACGGGGACGCGGAAGCGGGUAUUCCGGCGCUCAUCACCGCGGGCCAGGCGAUGAAACUCAGCGAGACGUCUUUUCUCUUGAUGACAGAGAAGGAGCUCGCGCCGGGGGCUGGCUGGAACAUGGACGACGACACCGAAGAGGAAAGCGUGUGGAUGGUUUCUAGCCAGGACCUGAGCCGGGCCAGCCGCGGGCAGGGAUUUGGGGGCGGGGCUGGCACGCAACGGGGCCAGCGGCGAGGCAUGGGCUUCGUUGUGUAUCACUUUGAUACAAAGUAAGCAGAACAAUCCGGUCAGUCUAUCCCUUGCCCUGCAUUGCUGUAGUUUAUCAAUCACCUCCUCUAGAGAUGUAAGAAACAAGAUGCGAGACCGGACUAAGUAUCUGAGCUGCGACAUUUGUUCGUGCUCUGCUUUCUUACGAAAAUUAUGAUUAUUAUACAGAACAAGACUAGCCUUAUCCCGCUUCCCGUGUUCAGUAACCUGCAGACUUAAUAGCAUUCCGCUAGAUGAAUAGUAGCGCUCAGCGUCUCUCUGUGGAGAAUCGUUGUCGGCGCUUCAGCACAGGCAGGCCCAUCUGCCGGCGAUUUUCAAAGCGCCAGAACGGCUUUGGCACGAUCCGGCGCCGGCCGGCGCGGCGGGCAGGUUGCCCGCUGCCGUCAUCUUGCAUGCUGGCGCCGACGGGGGGGCGAUCUGGCGGCGGGGGGCGGGCAUGGUCGGGCACCGGCUUGGCCAGGGCCCGACACCGGCUUGGCCAGGGUCCGGCACCGGCUUGGGCAUGAUCGGGCACCGGCACGGUCAUGCCCAUGACCUGGCACCGGCGCGGCCACGACCUGGCACCGCCUUGGCCAUGAUUUGGCUGGCACCGGCUUGGCCGCGGCCUGGCACUUGCAGGCAUGGCCAUGAUUCCGCACCGGUUUGGCUAUGCUCUGGCACAGGCAGGCAGGCAGGCUUGGCCAUGAUUCAUCUGGCACCGGCUUGGUCACGACCUGGCGCCGGCGGGCGCGGCUAGGCCAUAAUCUGGCACCGGCUUGGCUUUGUCAUGAGAUGAUCUGGCCCCGGCCUGGCCAUGACCUGGCGCCGGCUUCGGCCUGGCCAUGACUUGGCGCCGGCUUCGGCCUGGCCACGACCUGGAACGGGCCUGGCCAUGAUCUGGCACCGGCUGGGCCAUGGUCUGGUGUCGGCCUUGCCGCGACCUGGCACCGGGCGGCCUGGCCAUGAUCUGGCGCCGGGUUGGCUUUGAUCUUUCUCAUCAGGCGCUGGCCUGGCCAUGAUAUCUCUGGCGCCGGCUUGGCCACGACCUGGCACCGGCUUGGCCACGAUCCAUCUGGCACCGGCUUGGGCAUGAUCUGGCACCGGCUCGCCCACGACCUGGCACCGGCCCGACAGGCUUUGGCCAUGAUCUGGCACCGGCUUGGCCUCGACCUGGCACCGGCUCGGCCCUGAUCUGGCAUCGGCUUGGCAGGCUUUGGCCAUGAUCUGGCACCGGCUUGGCCAUGAUCUGGCAUCGGCUUGGCCACGACCUGGCACCGGGCGGCCUGGCCAUGAUCUGGCACCGGCUUGGCCAUGGUGUGGCACCGGCGGGCUUGGCGGGCUUUGUUCGGCCGUGAUCUGGCACCGGGUUGGCCAUGAUCUGGCACCGGCCUGGCAGGCUUCCUCUGGCCACGACCUGGCGCCGGCUCGUGCUUCGCGGUUUCGUCUCGCACGUUGCUGCCCCGCCUCGAGGCUUCGCUGCUUCGGGUCUUCGCUGCUUCGGGGAUUCGCUGCUUCGGGGCUUCGCUGCUUCGGGGCUUCGUUGCUUCGGGGCUCCGCUGCUUCGGGGCUCCGCUGCUUCGAGGCUUCGAGGCUUCGCGGCUUCGCUGCUUCGGGGCCUCGAGGCUUCGCUGCUUCGGGGCCUCGAGGCUUCGCUGCUUCGGGGCCUCGAGGCUUCGCUGCUUCGAGGCUUCGAGGCUCGCUGCUUCGAGGCUUCGAGGCUUCACUGCUUCGAGGCUUCGCUGCUUCGAGGCUCCGCUGCUUCGACGUUUCGCUGCUUCGAGGCCUCGCUGCUUCGAGGCUUCGCUGCUUCGAGGCUUCGCUGCUUCGAGGCUUCGCUGCUUCGAGGCUUCGCUGCUUCGAGGCUUCGCUGCUUCGAGGCUUCGCUGCUUCGAGGCUUCGCUGCUUCGAGGCUUCGCUGCUUCGAGGCUUCGCUGCUUCGAGGCUUCGCUGCUUCGAGGCUUCGCUGCUUCGAGGCUUCGCUGCUUCGAGGCUUCGCUGCUUCGAGGCUUCGCUGCUUCGAGGCUUCGCUGCUUCGAGGCUUCGCUGCUUCGAGGCUUCGCUGCUUCGAGGCUUCGCUGCUUCGAGGCUUCGCUGCUUCGAGGCUUCGCUGCUUCGAGGCUUCGCUGCUUCGAGGCUUCGCUGCUUCGAGGCUUCGCUGCUUCGAGGCUUCGCUGCUUCGAGGCUUCGCUGCUUCGAGGCUUCGCUGCUUCGAGGCUUCGCUGCUUCGAGGCUUCGCUGCUUCGAGGCUUCGCUGCUUCGAGGCUUCGCUGCUUCGAGGCUUCGCUGCUUCGAGGCUUCGCUGCUUCGAGGCUUCGCUGCUUCGAGGCUUCGCUGCUUCGAGGCUUCGCUGCUUCGAGGCUUCGCUGCUUCGAGGCUUCGCUGCUUCGAGGCUUCGCUGCUUCGAGGCUUCGCUGCUUCGAGGCUUCGCUGCUUCGAGGCUUCGCUGCUUCGAGGCUUCGCUGCUUCGAGGCUUCGCUGCUUCGAGGCUUCGCUGCUUCGAGGCUUCGCUGCUUCGAGGCUUCGAGGCUUCGCUGCUUCGAGGCUUCGCUGCUUCGAGGCUUCCUUCGGCGUUUCGAGGCCUCAUCGUUUGGAGGUUUCGCCUCUUAGAAGCUUGGUCACUUUGGCUGCGCUUCGUUGUUUUCGUUUUUUGUUUUCGUUUUUUGUUUUCAUUCUUUGUUUUCAUUCUUUGUUUUCAUUCUUUGUUUUCAUUCUUUGUUUUCAUUCUUUGUUCUCAUUCUUUCGUUUUUCGUUUCUAUUCUUUGUUUUCGUUUUUCGUUUCCAUUCUUUGUUUUCGUUUUUCGUUUCCAUUAUUUGUUUUUGUUUUUCGUUUCUAUUGUUUGUUUUUAUUGCGGGAAACCAUUAAAUAAUGGGUUUUCUGACUUAUAACUAGUCAUGGUAGAGAUUGAAACUUGAGCCACGAAAUAGAAAUACCCUAGCCCUACUGGUGAAUAUCCUUAUUAUGUACCGACCAUCCUUUAUCUUUAUGAUCUACUACAGGCCAUCCUGUGUACACAAACAUCUGUAGCAAUCAACCUGCUAGCUUUUCAAUGCGCCACAAGAGCUACGCUUUUCCUUCGGUUUUCCUUCAAUAUCUCUUCGAUAUUGCGACAGCAUCUUUUUCUGCAGCAACCGCACUAACACAGUCUUUGACGUCUUUCGUAGCAAGCCGAGUUUGUGACUUUAGAACUUACAGCAGCACACUCUAGAACUGUAUUUGUGACUCUUGAGACGCAGCGCGUACUAACAAACGCCGGAAGCCGUGCGCAUCUAAAAACUGAAACACUGGGCUUGCAGUUCUCCUGUGCGUUAUCUAUCAUCUGACC